UUUGGUUUUAGUUUUGUUGGGUUCCUCUCUCUCUCUCUCUCUCUCUUCAAUUUCCUUCUCUCAUGUCAUGUCAUGCAGCAAAGCAAAGGCAUAGUAUUAUAGAGCACACAAAGAGGCCUUUUUUAACCCAAUAACACGCCUCCCUCUCGUCACCCCUCACCCCACGACAUUUGUUUCGCUUCGCCAGCUCAUUCAUUCAUUCACUAUCUCUCAAAACAAACCCCAUCGACCAACACCAACUCCUCCUUCUCUCUUCCUCUCUCUAUACUUUCAAGUUUCAACGUCUUCUCCAGCAGAUCUAUCUGAGAUGCGCACUUCUUUUGCCUCUCUAUACUCCUAUUAUAUCCCUUUUGACUUUCUUGGUAAUACCCAGAAAUCAAAAUCCUUCCUUUCUUUUCUUGAUCUGCUUGAGUUUUAAGUUUUUUGGGUUUUUUCCGGCGAUAUCAGAGUGAGUGGGAUUUUUUGUUAAGGAGAAGAUAGGGAUGGCGAAUGGGGUAGAGAGCGAGAGGGGUAUGGCGAUGUUUAGCGAUGACGAGGUGAGCGAGAUAAGCGAGGUUAAGAGAGGGGGAGAUUAUAUUGAAGUGACGUGUGGGUGUACCAGCCACAGGUACGGCGAUGCUGUUGGCAGGCUUAGGGUUUUUGUCAAUGGUGAUCUCGAAAUCACCUGCGAAUGCACGCCUGGUUGCAAUGAAGGCAAGCUUACCCCUGCCGCAUUUGAGAAGCAUUCUGGAAGAGAGACAGCUAGAAAGUGGAAGAACAAUGUCUGGGUCAUAGUUAACGGAGAGAAGGUUGCAUUGUCAAAGACUGUGUUGCUCAAGUACUACAAUCAAGCAUCAAAAAGUGCCAAUGGGUCACACAGAUCUCAGAACGGACGGGCUUCUCAUCGUGAUGAAUUUGUCCGUUGUUCAAAAUGCAACAAGGAGCGCAGGUUUCGAUUGAGGACUAAAGAGGAAUGUCGGAUUCACCAUGAUGCUUUAGCAGAUGAAAACUGGAAAUGUUCCAAUUCACCAUAUGACAAGAUUACUUGUGAUGAUGAAGAAGAGCGAGCAAGUCGAAGGGUGUACAGAGGCUGCACCCGUGCACCUACCUGCAAGGGUUGCACUUCCUGUGUAUGCUUUGGGUGUGAAAUCUGUCGUUUUUCAGAUUGCAGCUGUCAGACAUGUGUGGAUUUUACAAGGAAUGCGAAAGCUUAAGUGUCUGAGGCCAUCGAUUUGAUCCUGAUUCUCCCCUCUCCACCUUAACAGCACCUGACGACAGGAAAAGAAAAGACAACAUAGCUUCAUUUAUCCGCCUCCCGGCCCUCCCCACAUCUUAUAUAAGCCUUCCAGUAUAUUUAUUUCAUUUAUGCAAGACUUGAAUUUACAGUCUGAGAGUUGAGCAUUGGCUAUACUUAAGUUGACUGAUUUCAUAUUUCAAAUGCAGUUAUUUAUUGCCUUAAUGACUUUUUAUC